GCCUUGGCCCCAGUCAUGGCAUCCUAUCCUAGCCCAGGCAAGCCCAAGACAAAAUAUCCCUUUAAGAAGUGGGCCAUCCUGCAAGCUUCCGCUGCCACUCCAGAAGCUCGAAGAGGUCUGGGGGCCUCUCCACUGCAGUCUGCUCGAUCCCUGCCAGGCACUGCCCCCUGCCUCAAGCACUUCCCACUCGACCUUCUCACCUCUAUGGAUGGCAAAUGCAAGGAGAUCGCUGAGGAGUUCUUCAGCCUCUCAUUGGCCGAGAGUGAGCUCUGUAGUGCCCCUUACGAGUUCCCAGAGGAAAGCCCCAUUGAGCAGCUAGAGGAGUGGAGGCAGCGGCUGGAGCGCCAGAUCAGCCAGGAUGUCAAGCUGCAGCCAGAUAUUCUGCUUCGGGCCAAGCAAGAUUUCCUGAAGACAGACAGUGACUCGGACUUACAACUGUACAAGGAGCAAGGAGAGGGGCAGGGUGACAGGGGUCUUUGGGAACGUGAUGUGGUACUGGAACGGGAAUUUCAGCGGGUUAUCAUCUCUGGGGAGGAGAAGUGUGGGGUGCCGUUCACGGACCUCUUAGAUGCAGCCAAAAGUGUGGUGUGGGCACUUUUCAUCCGGGAGAAGUACAUGGCCCUACCACUGCAGAGCUUCUGUCCCACCACCCGCCAUUACCUGCAGCAGCUGGCUGAGAAGCCCCUGGAGACUCGAACCUAUGAUCAGAGUCCUGAUACCCCUGUAUCUGCUGAUGCCCCAGUGCAUCCCCCUGCGCUGGAACAGCAGCCUUAUGAACACUGUGAGCCAAGCACCAUGCCUGGGGACCUGGGCCUGGGUCUGCGCAUGGUGUGUGGUGUGGUGCAUGUCUACACCCGCAGGGACCCUGACGAGCACUGUCCAGAGGUGGAGCUUCCGUACCCUGACCUACAGGAAUUUGUAGCUGACGUCAAUGUGCUGAUGGCCCUGACUAUCAACGGUCCCAUAAAAUCAUUCUGCUACCGCGGAAUGAGCUCCAAAUUCCAGAUGCACGUUUUGCUCAAUGAGAUGAAGGAGCUCGCUGCUCAGAAGAAAGUGCCACACCGGGACUUCUAUAAUAUUCGUAAGGUGGACUCGCACAUCCAUGCCUUGUCCUGCAUGAACCAGAAGCAUCUGCUGCGCUUCAUCAAGCGGGCGAUGAAGGGGCAUCUGGAGGAGAUCGUGCAUGUGGAACAGGGCCGUGAGCAGAAGCUGCGAGAAGUCUUCGAGAGCAUGAACCUCACCGCCUAUGAGUUAAGUGUGGACAUGCUGGAUGUUCAUGCGGACAGGAAUACUUUUCAUCGAUUUGACAAAUUCAAUGCCAAAUACAACCCUAUUGGGGAGUCUGUCCUCCGAGAGAUCUUCAUUAAAACCGACAACAAGAUUUCUGGGAAGUACUUUGCUCACAUCAUCAAGGAGUUGAUGUCAGACCUGGAGGAGAGCAAAUACCAGAAUGCAGAGCUCCGGCUAUCCACCUAUGGGCGGUCGAAGGAUGAGUGGGACAAGCUGGCACGCUGGGCGGUGAACCACAAAGUGCACUCUCCCAAUGUCCGCUGGCUGGUGCAGGUGCCCCGCCUCUUUGACGUGUACCGCACCAAGGGCCAGCUGGCCAACUUCCAAGAGAUGCUGGAGAACAUCUUUCUGCCACUGUUUGAGGCUACUGUGCACCCUGCCAGCCACCCGGAGCUGCACCUCUUUCUGGAGCAUGUGGAUGGUUUUGACAGCGUGGAUGAUGAGUCCAAGCCAGAGAACCAUGUCUUCAACCUGGAGAAUCCUCUCCCAGAAGCUUGGGUGGAGGAGGACAACCCUCUCUAUGCCUAAUACCUGUAUUACAUCUUUGCUAACAUGGCCAUGUUGAACCAUCUGCGCAGGCAGAGAGGUUUCCAUAUGUUUGUGCUGAGGCCGCACUGCGGGGAGGCUGGGCCCAUCCACCACCUGGUAUCAGCCUUCAUGCUGGUCGAGAACAUCUCCCACGGGCUGCUUCUGCGCAAGGCCCCCGUCCUGCAGUACCUGUAUUACCUGGCUCAGAUCGGCAUCGCCAUGUCCCCGCUCAGCAACAACAGCCUGUUCCUCAGCUACCACCGGAACCCUCUACCCGAGUACUUGUCCCGUGGCCUCAUGGUCUCGCUGUCCACAGAUGAUCCCUUGCAGUUCCACUUCACCAAGGAACCCCUGAUGGAGGAGUACAGCAUCGCCACCCAAGUGUGGAAGCUCAGCUCCUGCGAUAUGUGUGAGCUGGCCUGGAACAGUGUACUCAUGAGUGGCUUCUCUCACAAGGUGAAAAGCCAUUGGCUGGGACCCAACUAUACCAAGGAGGGCCCUGAGGGCAAUGAUAUCCGCCGUACCAAUGUGCCAGACAUCCGAGUGGGCUACCGCUAUGAGACCCUAUGCCAGGAGCUGGCGCUUAUCACACAGGCUGUCCAAAGUGAGAUGCUGGAGACCAUCCCAGAGGAAGUGGGCAUUGUCAUGAGCCCAGGGCCUUAGUGAACCUGGUCUAUGCAGUGCUUGCCCCAUCUCAGCU